CAUUCCUUUCACACCGAGCCAGCUGAAAGAAGAGGAACUGUGAGGCUUCGCGGGAUGUGUUGACACAGUCGAAUUCCGCCUCUUGGUCUAUCUUUUUCCCUCGGCUGUUUUAGGCUAGCUUUUUUUUUUGCUGUGUUUACACGGCGUUGUGUUACCUUACAUCCUGCUGCUAGGAGGGUAAUUAUUGAAUUUUUGCUUGCCUGUGUCGAGCCGUUGGUUAUCUAAGAUGAAGGCUGUUACUCCAGUCCGCCCCCAGGACUCCUCCUCCAGCAGCACUGAGCUCUCCCUGCACUAUCUGUCCAAGCAGAGCGUCAACAUCGCGCGGUGCAGGAUGGAAGAGGAGGACCUGUUCUGCCUGCAGUACGACAUGAACGACUGCUACAGCCGGCUCAAGCGCCUGGUGCCCACCAUUCCACAGGAUAAAAAAGUCAGCAAAGUGGAGAUCCUCCAGCAUGUCAUAGACUACAUCCUGGACCUGCAGCUGGCCCUGGAGACGCACCCUUCUCUCCAGAAACAGCACCCUCAGCGGACCGGGACGUGUCCUCCUCACGCAGCCUCAAACCCCAGCCGGACACCGCUGACGGUGCUCAACAUUGACCACCAUCAGAGAACAUCAAUAGUGAAAAAGCCGGAGGACUCUAUUUUAUGCCGCUGAGAUAAAAACACUGCACUGGUGUGCAGGCAGCACAGAGCCGCUCCAAAGCCAGCAAAGCUUCGCCAGGGACUCACACCCAACUGGAGGCACAAUCACAAGGGGAUUUCAAAAGCGCUGGGAGGAAUUCAACCCAAAUAAAAUCACUAUUCACCACAGCUUUUUUUUUCUCUCCUAUUGAAAACGGAUCCAUUUGUAGACAUGCCAUUCUGUUAUCUUAAAUUACACUUUAACUUUAAUCCUCAUCUGUUCUGUUAAAGAGAGAAUCCCUCCACUGAGGAGUUGUGUUGGAAACCGGUCUGUCAUCAGCUAUGAAAACUUUUUGUGAAUUGUGCUUAAACAGUAACUAGAAAUGACUCCAGUUAAAAGCUUUACUAAACUGAGAAAAUCAUUGUACUUUUACAGCAUCUAUUGUUUAAAAUAGAUGAAUUGUGCUGAGCAGGGACGUCAUCCCUAGAAUCUUAAAAUGUUUGAUACUGUAAAAAAGAACAAUUCUGAUUCGAGACGAUUACGAUUGUACAUAGAGACUCAAAUGUUCUAUAAAAGUAUGUGAAAGGAACUUAUAUGCUGAAAAUAGACUAUUGUAAUUAUAAGAUAUUUUUAUUAAAACUUUUUUGUUGUUAUGUAAAUAUUGUGUUUCCACUUUAAGUCUUUAGUGAAUGAACGUGGUUAUGCUCUGCCAAUAACGUCCUCACAUGAUGAUAUCAGUUAACUCUUUGCAGUGUUUUUGAAUAGUUUCAUAUGUAGCAUGUCAGGCUCAUUGCAGAGAUGUUGAAUGUGCACUGAAGCAGCCCUCCCUGUGUAGAUAUGUGGUGGAGUUCAACACACUUUCUUUGAUUAUUUGCCCUGCUUUGCUUUCUCUUGAAUUGUUUUGUACUCAUUAACUAGCAACUUUGACCCGCCUGCAGCGACGGGCCGCUCUGCUGUUUGAUCUGGAAAAAAAAAAAAAAAAAGAGGCCUGAUUUGAUUCUGUUACAUUGCACUCUUGUUAAAAAAAAAAUCACUCUGAGAGCUGCAGCACUUUUGACAGUGUUUACAAUGUAAAAGCGUUAAAAAAGAUAUUUCACUAAAGUGUUUAUUGUGUGCAAUGAUGUGCAAUCAGAGCAAUUCCUUGAGAAGUUAAUGAUUGACAACGGGAAUUCAUGAAAGUUUGGUUAUGAAUUGAUGAAAUCUGUGAACAUUAACAGACUUCCUUCGAACAAAAACAACCCAUAUUUGGUCAAGGAAUGUCCGCCAUUAAACAUUGAACAAUUUCUCUGUUGAGUCAGCAGCCAUUGUUAAUGUAAAGGGGAAAGAAAGACUUUAUUUUUCACAACAUUGAACACCGAAUUUACCUCACUGCCCUCCUGCCAGUGUGAGAGGGCACCUGUACAUUAAUGUCAGCCGCACUGUUGAACUUGACCUUCACUGGCUUGUGAGGAGUUGUCAAAACAAUUAAAGUUUCCAGGAAGAAUUGUGUCGUCUCAAGUUUUGUCUCAAAAGAAAUCUUUGCUGUCAA